AUGGCGCCGAAAGAAACACCAUCAAACAAUUUAUUGGUGGGUAAUCUUUCCCCUGACAUUAGGGAUGAUGAUAUAACAUCUUUGUUCCAGAUUUUUGGCCCACUUGAGAGUGUAACCACAUAUCUCUCUCGUGGGUUCGGAUUUGUCAAUUUUAGAAACACCAACGACUCCAAGGAGGCUAAAGACGCACUCCAAGGAUACUUCUUUCAUGCAAAUCCUCUUAGGAUCGGAUUCGCUAAACUGUUGCCUAGUAAAGUGUUGUGUAUAAGUUAUCCUCCAUUGGUCCAUUUGGAUAACGACAUGAUACACAAUGCUAUGAUUCUUCUUGGUGAGAUUAAUCGAAUCAGAACAUUUUAUGAUAAGAACAUCUCACUGGUUGAGUUUAGAAGCAUGGAGGAAGCCCAGCGUGCUAAAGAGGGCUUGCAGGGAAAGCUUUACAAUGAUCCCAGAAUCACUAUCAGCUAUUCAAGCAAUGAAAAUGAUAGUUCUUAUCCUCAUAAAAGAACAGGUGAUCGAGGUCCUGUGUUGGAUGAACAAUAUGGUUUGGGUCCAUUUGGAAGCAAUGUUCCUUCAGGUCCUGCUACAGUCAGUCAAGCAAACAACAGUGAUGCAAGAAUCUCUCCUGGAAAGCACUAUUCUGUCCAUGACUAUAUAUGGCGUGGCAUUAUCGCCAAGAAUGGAGCAUCUGUGUGUCGUGCUGUCUCUGUUCCUAUUGGGGAAAGUAUAAGAUGUGAGCUCCCUGAUGUAGUCAACUGCUCAGCCAGAACGGGGUUAGACAGGUUGACUAAACACUAUGCAGAUGCUGCUGUCGGGUUCAGCAUCAUUUUCUUCUUGCCUGAUUCUGAUAACGAUUCUGCCUUAUACGAAGAGUUUUUGAGGUAUCUGAGUUCAAAAGAUCGUGCUGGGGUUGCGAAACUUGGUGACGGAACCCAAAUGUUCUUGGUGCCACCUUCAGACUUCAUUAGGAAGGUUCUGAAAGUUGAUGGUCCCCCGUGUCUUUAUGGUGUGGUUUUAAAGUCUGCACCUAGUGGCACAUCCUUUCCACCAGAGUCCUAUCAACCUAGAUACGUGGAUUCACCAGAGCUAACAUCCUCUCAGAUUGUGCAAGCAAGGCCCUUGUUAACAUCUGACCUUAUUGCAAGUCUAAGUAAUUUUCAGCCAUCAGGAAGAGUGGAAGGAACUGCAGGAGCGUCUGCUGGUAUUCCUGCAUCGGAUAUUACUGUUGAGCCAGAGUCUUGGAGAUAUGUUGAUCGGUAGCUUUAGCUUGGAAGACAUCAAGAUGCUGGGAUAGCUCAUGGUACUGAUGUCUUAGGACAUUAUUGUUUGCCCAACCAGACUCAUGUUUCCCAGUCACAAGCUGGAAACAAGUUUCUUUUUCUCAAAUUUGUGAUUCAAUGUUUUCAUGCUUUAACUUCCUGUUGUCUCUCUUCUCUUUCUGUUUCCGGAUUUCUUGUUUUAUAAUCAAGU